CACACACACACACACACACACACACACACACUGGUUCUUGUCAGAGGAGGAGCAACAUCAACAUAGGGUUACUUUCUGCCUCAGUCUCUGCUCCAGUGUGUCUACAGAGGUGAGAGUAAUAUGGACCAAACUAAAACAGCUCAUCCAUGUCACUCCAAGCAGACAAGGUAUUGUACAGAUUUGAUUCGAGCCUGAAGCAUCUGUGAGAUAAAUAUCCAAAACCAGACAGUAUGGAGACUCCGAAUUCAUCCAACACCAGCAGUGGUGACAACGCCAGCCUCUUCUCUGGAAGUCCAUACACGACUGUAGAGACUGUACUUAUCGUCCUGGUGGCUGGAUCUCUGAGUCUGAUCACUGUCAUUGGAAACAUCCUGGUCAUGCUCUCUAUAAAGGUAAACAGGAACCUGCAGACUGUCAACAACUACUUCCUGUUCAGCCUGGCCUGUGCAGACCUCAUUAUUGGCGUCUGCUCCAUGAACCUCUACACUGUCUAUAUUGUGAUUGGCUACUGGCCCUUGGGAGCAGUGGUGUGUGACCUGUGGUUGGCUGUCGAUUACGUUGUGAGCAACGCCUCAGUCAUGAACCUCCUCAUCAUCAGUUUUGACCGUUACUUUUGUGUCACCAAACCGCUCAGCUACCCAGCACGCCGCAGCACCAAGAUGGCAGGCCUGAUGAUUGCGGCGGCCUGGGUGCUGUCCUUCAUCCUGUGGGCUCCAGCCAUUUUGUUCUGGCAGUUCAUCGUGGGCGGGAGAACUGUGCCACCAGGUGAGUGCUACAUCCAGUUCUUCUCCAACCCAGCGGUGACAUUUGGGACAGCGAUAGCUGCUUUUUACCUACCUGUGGCCAUCAUGAUCUACCUCUACUGGCGCAUCUCCAAGGCCAGCCGCAGCCGCGUGAGGAAGAACAGCAGGAAGACUUCGGGUACUAGUGUGGGAGAAGGACCCUACCACAGCCAGGAGGAGGCAUGUGAGAGCCAGAACAACUGCAUCACAACAAGAGGAGCUCAGGAGGAGGCUGGAGAUGAGAAGGAGAAGGAGCAGCAGCUGAACGGAAGCGGGCCCUGCAAGGAAGACCAGGUGGACUCCACAGCAGACAGCAUCCACGCUUCAACAUCUAAGGACAGUGAGGCCCCUGUGGCGGCGCAGAAAGGCUCAGAGAGAGCGAAAAAGACCAAUCAGACACAGCCACCUUCUCCGGAAAACUCAGCCGCUGACAGACAAAGUUUGGUCACAAGGACACUGUUUAAGGUAACGAAGCAGAGUGCUGUAGCAAAGUGGAAAAAGAAGGGCAUUUCUUCCAGGGAGAAAAAGGUGACUCGCACCAUCAUGGCCAUCCUGGUUGCUUUUGUCGUUACAUGGACGCCGUACAACGUGAUGGUCCUGAUCAACACUUUCUGUUCCAUCUGCAUCCCAAACUCCCUCUGGACCAUCGGCUACUGGCUCUGCUACAUCAACAGCACCAUCAACCCGGCCUGCUAUGCCCUCUGCAACGCCACCUUCAAGAACACCUUCAAGCACCUUCUUCUGUGCCAGUACAAGAACAUACGUACAUCACGAUGAGGGCGAAAACGCUGACUUAUUUUUGUGAUGGAGUCAAAUAAUGUGAUAAAUUAUGUAAACUGAGAUGACACAAAUAUUGGAGAGAACGUGUUGUUAAAAUAUAGACAUAAGUGUGUUAUUAUUGUGCACUUUUUCAGUGGUAGAACGUAUUCCCACUGGAAAAAUUAUAAACUGUACAUUUAUUAUUCUACCACGGAUUGAUUUUUUACAAUAUAUGGCAUUGUAUUAAAAUUCUCAGUACAGUCUGGUGGGAAUGCAGUUUAUUGUGAAAAAGUACCUUUGACUGGCUGUCAGUUGGGGUUUUAAUUUGACAGGAUGUUUUUAUUUUUCCUCCUACAUGAGCUUGUGCAGUGUGGUCUUUGAACCUGUUUUUAUCCAGACAGUAUAAUUGUGGUGAACGUGAUGGUUUUGUGAGCAAAACAGUGAUUUUAAAUCUAGAAUAAAAGUAUAAGUUUAGUAUAAGAAGAAGAUAAUAUACUAUAGGAAAAGACACUGUAUUAUUGACAGCGUUGUGGCCGACUGUGAAACAGGAAUAAUCAGCAAAAACUGACAAAAGCAAAGAGUGACUGAAAGACCAUUAGCUGCUGUAACUGGACUGUGUGUGUGUGUGGGUGAGAGAGAGAGAGAGAGAGAGAGAGAGAGAGAGAGAGAGAGAGAGAGAGAGAGAGUGUGUGCAUGUUUCCUCUCUGGUUAGAUUCACUCAUAUUAAACGAAUGACGUCUGUAAUCCAUGUUGUCGUGAAAUGAGCCCAAUGUGAUAUUUGUCCAUAGCUUCCCCUCUUUCUUCAUAUAAUAAUAUGUUUUCUGUAAAUAAAAGUGAUGAAGACGGAA